UGUGGUCCUUCUCCCCUUUAAAGCUCGUUAGUUAUCACUUUCUCCUUAGUCAAUAUCUAACUACCAUACCCUUCUUCUUCGUCCUCAGCUCCCACAACCUAAGCUCUGCUGUUUCUUUCCUUUUCAGAUCCUAGCUCUCUCAUCCCUCACUCUCUCCUCCUGCUUUCCCUCAACAACACAACACAACACCUCACAUUAUCAUCCCCUGCAACAAAAAACACAAGAAUCAUCUGCUACCUUGCUAGUUGCAGGUUGGAUCCUAGUAUCUUACACCGUUGUUCGUUCGAGCUAGGUUCUAGGAAGAUGUCUAGCAGAAGAUCAAGGCAGUCGUCUUCAGGGACUUCCCGGAUUUCAGAUGACCAGAUCAUCGAACUCGUCUCCAAGUUGCAGCAGCUCCUGCCCGAGCUACGCAGCCGCCGCUCCUCCAAGGCGUCUGCAUCAAAGGUGUUGCAGGAGACUUGCAACUACAUAAGGAGUUUGCACAGAGAAGUGGAUGAUCUUAGCGAGCGUCUCUCCCAGCUCCUCUCCACCAUAGAUGCUGACAGCCCAGAGGCUGCAAUUAUCAGGAGUUUGAUUACGUAAUCGUAGCUGUAUUACACAUAAAUACAGUCAUAUAAUAUAUUAUAUAUAUCUAUAUCUAUAUCUAUAUAUAUAUAUGAUGGAUCGUGUCCCCAUUGUCGUGAGGGGAUACUGAUCUCAAUCUCGAUCUUGAUCUCAAUCUUGUGGUUGGCUUGGUGUCCCGAGUCCUGGCUGGCCAACUCGAUAUGUUUGUAGGUUGUAGUAGGGCACGUUCGUACUUUUAUUAGGAGUGAUGAAAUAUAUGUUUGUAGCUAAUUAAUCCUCGUCAUGGGUUAUGUACGGGCGCUUAAUUGGUGUAAUUAAGAUUUCCUGGUGCAAUAAAUUAAAAAAAGUUUGCUAUACA